GAAAUGUGACAACAGUUCCUGUGUAUUGUUUGCAUUAAUUCGUAGCUCCUCUAGUUGUUUAAUGAUAUGCGCGUAUGAACAUAUACCUUUUUUUAACAAUAGCCGUAUUUAAUAUAUCAUUACUUUUUUUCUAUUUAAAACGAUUUAACGUUAAAGAGUUGACGUUCUUUGUGAGAUUAAUACUGACUCUCUGAUACUGAUCGGGUUGAACUGACUAAAUAGUGCGCACAUGUGCAAUCGGCCCUUAUUUUUAUCACGUUAAUUGAUUAAAUUUUUAAUAAUUUAUUUGAAACGCCUGAUCUCUUUAACAAUCGGUUUUUCUUCCGACAUUUAUCACGACCGUAAAUGGAUGACCCAACCCAACCGUUUACUCAGCGUAUGCUACAUCGUGCCAACCUGAAGAAGGAAUACAGAGGAACUUCAAAUUUUUGCACAGAUGUACGUAGAAAAGUAAACAUUCUAAAGGCCAUCGACGACCAUAGGUCAAGUAUUGCGUCUGUUGAUAAACCUUCGGACCAUACAUUAUCUGAUAAUAAAAUAAACAGUCAUUUCUCACAGAGAAACAUGCAGGAUGCAAAAGAAGAUUUAAGAAGAAAGUCCACAUCUUCGGUUCGUGAUUCAAUCUUAAAAACUCAAAGUACAAAGGAUUGUUUAAACCGAAAAUCCACAUCUUUGAUUCAGGAUACAUAUUUACAUAAAACUAAACACACAACUACAGGAAACCUGAAGGAAACUGAUGAAUACGUUCCUUGUGAUAAUUAUAAAGAAAUGUACAGGAAACCAAGUGAUAUUGACAUUGCACGAAAAAAAUAUUUGGCUAAUAAUUUUGGUGAGAUAACACAUAAAACCUCAGAAUCAAUAAAUGCUGAUGCAAUACCACUGCAAUCUUCUUCUCAUAAUAAAAAUAAGGAAAAAACAAAACAUGAUUCUGAUCGAUCAAGUUCACACUAUGAGACCUUAACAACUGGAUACCCAAAUUAUCGACAGAAGUAUUCAUCGUAUCUUCAACCAAAUGAUAAAUCAUUAUUUGUGCAAGACAAUAACCAAUCUGAUAACACAUAUGUUACUAUUGAAAACAAAGAUAUAAAAAACGUACUUCUUACGAGUUCAGAAAGAUCAGGAGGUGUUGUUAAUAACGUCACGUCUUCAACAUACAUAAAGGAUUUUCGCCUUGGUAAUAUUAAGUGGCGAGGACCAUUGUGUAAUGCUGCAUCUACACUAUCAGAUAAAACAAAUCUUGAUAGCAGUAUCAAUCAUUCCAGCGCCGUAGAUAUAAUCAAAAAACCAGAAACCUGCAAAGUACAACAUAACGACAUUAACCCAGACCUAAAAGCAGAUUUGAUAGAUAUUGAUCAGUUGAAACAAUUAAAUGAUGUUCAGCAUAAUCACAAAACCUGGUCUAAAGAUCUUAAAGAUUCAGCCGGUGAAGUACAGACAGAAAAGACAUACGAAUCAAGAGAAACUGUCUGUAGUGACUCAUUGCUAACAUCAUCUAUUUCAGAAGAAAUAAAAGAUUUAGAUGCUGACAUUAAACGUCUGGAAAUUAGUUCAAGUAAAUUGCCUAUGAUUCGGAAGGACUACAUAAAAUCGCCGUUUGAAAAAAUUUACCCUGACUUCACAAAUAUUCUCACUUCGACUUCAGAUUACACUACAAAAACACUUGAACAACCCUAUACUCCAUUAAAACAUAGCAAUUGCAAAUCUUUAACUCCUAGUAGUCAAAGAAUUAUUAAAGAAGUACACAUUAAAAAUAGUGCUGAAAAACCACAUCCAGAUUCCAAUUUUAAACAAAUCUCUACUACAAGUAGUCCAAAAUUACUUCCAAAAAUUAAACAACCUGCUUCACCAAUAGUAUUAAAUGAUAUUCCAUUAGCUGGAAAAUAUCAUUUUCAGACUCCAAAAACUGGAAGGUCUAAGCCAAAUUUGGAGUCAACAAGAAAAUCAUUAAAUAUGAAUGUUCCUGAAAAACCAUCACCUCAAAUCGAAACGAGCAUUUCAACGAUAACUGUCCCAAAUAGUCCAGAAAGUCCAAAAAAUGACGAAAGUUCUGGACAACAGAAUUCAAGUACUGAUUUAAAUAAUACUACACCUUAUGCAGUGAAACAGUUUUUAACAGAUGCUCUUGGUGAUGAAUUAAAUAAUACUACUGUUACAUAUGGACCAUUGAACGCACAUGGUAAUAUCACUCAUGACAAUGUGAGCGAGUUUUUUUCUGAAAGCAGUUCCCCUCAUGUUACAAAUACUGAAGAAAAUAAAACAAUGCGUGAAACGUUUUCUCAAGCACGAGCUAGUUUGAACAGAACUUUAACUUUAUACAGAUCGUUCACCAAAAGGAUUAGAAAGACAUUUCGCUCGGACAUAAAAGCUUUACCGAAAUCUACCAGUCAACUUUUGGCCUACCCGAAUUUUAACGAAGAUGAAAGGAUAAAUUGUCUUUGGCAGGAACUCGAUAUACAACAAGAGCAACUGAACCAAGGGGAAAAGGCAUUAAAUCAAUGUAGGUUUAAUAAAGAUUUCAUUCGUCAAGUUCAAUUAGAACGAAUCUUUUUAGUGAUAAAUCUGAAGAAAAGGACUAUUUUUGAAGAAAUUAAGAGAGUGAGCUCUGAUGAGAAAAAUAGUAAACCAUCGAGUGAAAGAGGAAAAGUCACGAUUGGAGAAAUCAAUAUCAACUUACAAAAAGAACAAAGUAAUGAUAUUGAGUUUGACGGCAUUAGACUGUGGUUCAUUGCAGUUAUUUCACACGGAUUGACAAUUCUAGCCACACAAACUGUUGAAUAUUCCAGAAAUGAUUAUACAAUCCAUUUACCAGGAACAUUUUCCAUACCAAACUUGACGACAGAUUUCAAAAUUACUGUACAUAUAUACUGUUUAGAGUACAAAGAUACCGACAGUAAUGGGUCGCAAUCUAGUAAAAAACUUCAUGCAUGUCCAUCACCAAAGAAGUUAUUGAAAUGUGCUGAAAAGUCAGUGUCAAGAUUACAGAACAAGCAAUCACAGGGUGUUAGAAGGUCUUUAUUUAUGCCAUGUGGUUUUGUCGAGCUUGGACUUCAUGAUUUAGCGUUAUCAUCUCCAUGGCCACUGUCAGGAGUUCCAAGAAACUCAAUCUUGCAAGGAACUAUUGAUUUAAGCUUAACUUGCGAGCUUGAUUUAACCAUUACCCAUUCGGGUUUCCUGACACAUGGAGACGAAGCUGGUGGUCUGGCUGUUUGGAACCGUCGCUGGUGUGUUCUUCAAGGACAUUCACUUAUGUUUUGGAAUUAUCCACCUGAUGAAGAGACUAAAAGUCCACUUUUAACCAUUGAUUUAAAGCAUUGCAUAUCGGAUAAAAUAACUAUAGCUGAGAGAACGAUUUGCGCUAAACCAAGAACUUUGUUGAUCGAAACAGCAAGACGUCGAGACGCAUCCGAUAGGAACAGCAUGAUGAUGGAAUGCAGAUCUUCAUUGACUAUCGUUAGAAAUCUUUUGUCAUGUGACGACACAAAUGAUUUAAUGAAGUGGAUGACAAAGUUCAAUCAUGUAAUCUCAGCCUUACGCGAGUGGAGUGUAAGUUUGCAACCGCAACAGGAAAUUUCUGAACUCUGAGACAAGGUGAAGGAAAAGAGAUGAUAGUACAUUGUAGUACUAGCAACUUAUCCUUGUGUAUAUUUAUAUACAUAUAGGUACAAGUUUUAUAAGCAAAUAGUGACCUAAGUCGUUUAACAUAAGAAGUGAGGCUAUUACAAACUGAACUAUUGGUUCAAUAAUUACAUUUUAAUGAAAUCACGUUUUUAAAAACCAUAUCUCAAAGUUAAGAUAUGAUCAUUGUGCACGUCUUUCAAGUUGCAGUAUGAAUAUUCGUUUCAAGAUUUUUAUCAAAGUGUGUCUAGUGCUACAAUAAUUUAACCUUUCUGAUAUAUCAGUUUAAGUUUUCUUACAGUCUCUUCGCGUUUAUAAUUUUAAUAAGAAAGAAAAUGUUUU